ACGAAACUGUCAACAAAAGCAUUUGUUGUUGCUUUUUUUUUUCCUUUGGAGAGUACUGAGCGUGUUUUUCUGUCAUUAAUGUUUUGUUCUGUCCAUUAUCUCUAAGUCUAAGAUAAGAAAUUAAAUCAAUGUUAAGACUUAAGUUAAUAAGUCUGACUUAGCAACGGCGCAUUUGUUUUUAUCUUUAUUAUAUUGAUCGUUUAUUUUGUAGUGACAAUAUAAAAUGUGGAACAACUAAAGCUGCGGUUCAAAUCUGUUAGCUCCGUUUUAGCAUGUGUGUAGAACUAGAUCUAGGUCGUCAUGUUCCGGUUACUUCUUUAAAACAGUACACGCUAUAACCUGUGUAACAGAAAAACGCGUGUUCGACCCUGCUCAUGUUUUGAAUCUGUUUGUAGCUUGCCAGUGUUUCUAUUGUUCCAAAAUUGCUUCAGUGAUCUGAGUCUUCAUUUUUAUUUCAUUUUAUGACAUUGGAUCUAUAUAGAUCUAGAUCUAUAUAUUUCUAGAUCUAUCUAGAAUUUAAGACAAUAUUUAGAUUCUACGUCGUUGGCUAUUAUUAAUUAUUUAGUGUCUUUUUGAAUUAGAGUCUAAGUGAGAGUAAGUCUAGAUCUAGUUGGGAAGCUGAGGACUUGGAGACUAUUCGCCGAAUUCGGAUAUACACAACUCACAUCACAACAGACUCAGAGACUACACACUCAGAUAAUAGUGCUAGAUCAAUCAUUGCGCUCCGAAAGGCACACUUGUAUGAGCACAAAUAUUUGGAAAUUUUAAUUAUCUUGUGAUUGCAGCACGGAGCCAGCAUGCCGGUGGUCAGCGCCCAGUACUCGACACCCGGCCUUCCGGCGUCACAGGGCCUCUACGACCCGUCGCUGGAGUCCGACGCCUGCGGCGUGGGCUUCGUGGUCAACAUAGAUGGCAUCAAGUCACACCAGGUUCUCAGAGAUUCUCAAAUUAUGUUGGAGAGAAUGGAACACCGUGGUGCCUGCGGCUGUGAUAAUGACUCUGGAGAUGGAGCUGGAGUUCUUACAGGCAUACCACAUGACCUGUUUGUUAAAGAACUAAGAGCUGCAACUCCCCCAGUGGAGCUACCAGAGUUGGGCAAGUAUGCCACGGGUUUAAUGUUCAUGGACUUCAAGACAGCUGCCACAGCAGAAGCACUUUUUGAGAAAUAUGCCCAGGAUUUUGGGCUGCAGAUUUUAUGUUGGCGUACAGUACCAGUCAACAGAAAUGUUAUUGGAAAGGUGGCUAGAGCAUUGGAGCCUUUAAUAAGACAGGUUUUUAUUAUAUCAGCUAAUGGUCACCCCAGUGAUGAACAAGAGUUUUUUAGACAGGUUUAUUUGCUGCGGAAGUAUUCCUCUCACCAUAUCCCAGAGAACAAAGUUAGGUUCUACAUCUGCAGUUUGAGUUCUACUACAAUAGUCUAUAAGGGUCAAAUGAACACAGAGCAGCUGUGGAAGUUUUAUAAAGACCUCCAAAACCCAGAGUAUGAAACACACCUGGCUCUGGUCCACAGUCGAUUCUCUACCAACACCUUCCCAAGCUGGGAGCGAGCACAUCCUCAGAGAAUGCUGGCCCACAAUGGUGAGAUCAACACCCUGAGAGGCAACUGUAACUUGAUGAAAGCCAGAGAGGGUGUCAUGCACAGUAAAGAUUUUGGAGAUAAACUUAGCUUGUUGUAUCCAGUCAUUGAAGAAGGAAUGUCUGACUCUGGCAGUGUAGAUAAUGUCUUGGAGUUCUUGUGUAUGGCUGGAAACAGAGCUCUACCUGAGGCUAUUAUGACCAUGGUCCCUGAAGCUUGGCAGAAUGAUGUGGCCAUGACCAAGGAGAAGAAACUGUAUUACAGGUGGAGUGCAUUCUCCAUGGAACCAUGGGAUGGCCCAGCAUUGUUGGCCUACACUGAUGGACGGUACAUUGGCUCAAUCCUGGACAGAAAUGGGCUUCGUCCAUCAAGAUUCUAUGUAACUAGAGACAGAUUUGUGUACAUGUCCAGUGAGGUCGGAGUGACAAACAGGAAACCAGAAGAAAUCAUUCAAAAGGGUCGUUUGAAACCAGGUCGCAUGUUGCUUGUUGACACCAAACAAAAACUAUUUAUCAAAGAUGAAGAUCUAAAACAUGACCUUGCUCAGCUUCGACCUGUAGGGGAUUGGCUAACUCAAGUUCUGACAAUGCAAGAAUUGAGAAAUGUCUAUAAAGAGCAACAAGAUCACUUCCAAAUUUCAGAGAUUGCCUUGAGGCAGGCACCAGUAGGAUCUUGUAUAGAGGAGGAUCCCCGUCUGUCCUUGUAUUCUUACACCAUGGAUGAAAUGAACCGCCUGGUACUUCCAAUGAUUAGAGACAAAAAGGAAUCGCUGGGCUCUAUGGGUAAUGAUGCUCCACUGGCUUGUCUGUCACAGUUCAAUCCCCUUCUGUUCCACUAUUUCAAGCAACUGUUUGCCCAAGUGACCAACCCACCCAUUGACCCUUUCCGAGAGAAGAUUGUCAUGUCACUGGCCUGUCCAGUUGGUCCUGAAUACAAUAUCCUUGAGCCAGGUCCAGAACAGUGUAGAAGAUUAUGGCUGGAGCAACCUAUUUUGUCCCUUCCUGACAUGGAAAUGUUGAGAUAUAUUGAUUACAAAAGUUGGAAUGCUAAGGAAGUCAACACUGUAUACCCAGUAACUGAAGGGAUAGCUGGACUUAGACCAGCUCUGAAAAGAAUAUGUGAAGAGAGUGCCGCAGCUGCUGCUAGUGGAUUUAGGCUAUUGAUCUUGACAGACAGAAAAGCUGGACCAGAAAAUGUGCCAGUCAGCUCAUUACUGGCUGUGGGAGCUGUACAUCAUUACUUAAUAGAGAAAAAACUGAGAAUGAAAGUUGGACUUAUUGUGGAGACUGGGGAAGCUCGAGAAAUUCACCACUUUUGUACUUUGCUUGGCUUUGGUGCUGAUGCUAUUUGCCCAUAUUUGACCUUUGAACUGUUGAGGAGAGUUCGAGAGCAAGGUCUAAUUGAUGAGCAGCUGAAUGACAGAGUUAUUUACCUAAACUUCAGAGGUGCUUGUGCUAGAGGCAUAUCCAAGGUGAUGGCCAAAAUGGGAAUCUCCACUCUUCACAGCUAUAAGGGGGCUCAAAUAUUUGAAGCUGUUGGUCUCCAUCAAGAAGUUGUGGACAUGUGUUUCACUGGCUCAGCCUCACGUGUUGGCGGUGUCACAUUUGAAGUCCUAGCUCAAGAGGCUAUCAAUAGACAUGCUCUGGCUUAUGCUCUACACGACUGUGACAAUGUAAUGGUGAUGAACAAGGGCAAUUACCACUGGAGGUCAGGGGGAGAGAAGCACAUGAAUGAUCCUUCUACUAUUGCUAAUCUGCAGGAUGCAACCAGAUCAAACAGCAAGGAGGCCUAUGAAAAGUUUGUUGAAUCGGCAUGGGAGAGCACAAAAAAGUGCACUCUCAGGGGACAGCUUGCCUUUGUCUCAGUCAACAAGCCCUUGGACAUCUCUGAGGUAGAAGAUGCUAAGAACAUUGUGAAACGUUUCUGCACUGGUGCCAUGAGUUUUGGCAGUAUCUCCAUAGAAGCUCAUACCACUCUGGCCAUUGCCAUGAACAGAAUUGGAGCCAAGUCCAAUACAGGUGAAGGUGGUGAGAACCCAGAGAGAUAUCUGAAUGAAGAUCCUGAGUUCAAUGCUAGGUCAAAGAUCAAGCAGGUAGCUUCAGGUCGCUUUGGUGUAACCAGCUCAUACCUCACUCAUGCUGAUGAGCUGCAGAUCAAGAUGGCACAGGGAGCUAAGCCAGGAGAGGGUGGAGAAUUGCCAGGGUACAAGGUUACCAAAGAAAUUGCCAAAACACGCCACUCUAUACCUGGUGUAGGUCUGAUCAGCCCCCCACCUCAUCAUGACAUCUACUCUAUUGAAGACUUAUCUCAGUUGAUUUAUGAUUUGAAGUCUGCCAACCCAUCAGCUCGUAUCAGUGUAAAGUUGGUUUCUGAAGUGGGUGUUGGAAUUGUUGCAUCAGGUGUUGCAAAGUGUAAAGCUGAACAUAUUGUUAUCUCAGGUCAUGAUGGUGGCACUGGAGCCAGCAGCUGGACUGGAAUUAAGAAUGCUGGUCUGCCCUGGGAGCUUGGCAUCUCUGAAACACAUCAGGUACUGACCUUGAAUAAUUUAAGGUCAAGGAUUGUUCUUCAAGCUGAUGGUCAGAUUAGGACAGGCAAGGAUGUUGUAAUUGCUGCUCUGCUUGGUGCUGAUGAGUUUGGGUUCAGUACUGCACCAUUGAUUGUCUUGGGGUGCACCAUGAUGCGUAAAUGUCAUCUCAACACAUGCCCUGUUGGUGUAGCUACUCAGGAUCCAGAGUUGCGAGCUAAAUUUGCUGGUAAACCUGAGUAUGUUAUCAAUUACUUGUUCCUUAUUGCUGAGGAGGUUCGAAGCAUUAUGGCUGAUUUGGGAUUCAGAACAUUCCAGGAAAUGGUUGGUAGAGUGGACAAGCUCAAAUUUGACCCUGAUCCCAAGAACCCUAAAGCUGCUCUCCUGGACUUCAAAAAUAUUCUGACCAAUGCUCUUGACCUUAGGCCUGGCACUAACAUAAAAGGUGGAACUACACAACAAGAGUUUGAAUUACAGAAACGUUUGGAUAACAAAGUGAUUGACAUGGCCAGAGAUGUGAUAGAUGGCAAGAGCAAGCAUAUAAAAAUAAAUUUACCAAUUUGUAAUGAAGACAGGACAUUUGGUGCAACAUUGAGCCAUGAAAUCUCAAAGAGGACUGUUGAAGCAGGACUUCCACCCAAAUCUAUUGAAAUCAAUUUGGUUGGUUCUGGGGGACAAAGCUUUUGUGCUUUCUUGGCCAAGGGAGUCAGUGUCUAUCUGGAGGGAGAUGCCAAUGAUUACGUCUGUAAGGGUUUGUCUGGUGGUGAGGUAGUUGUGUGCCCUCCUAAGUCCAUGCCCCCAAUGUUCAAGACAGAAGACAACAUUGUUGUUGGUAAUGUCUGUCUGUAUGGUGCAACCAGUGGUAGAGCUUUCUUCCGUGGGCAAACUGCUGAGAGGUUCUGUGUGAGAAACUCUGGAGCCAUUGCUGUUGCUGAAGGCUGUGGUGACCAUGGUUGUGAAUACAUGACUGGUGGAAGAGUUAUAGUUCUUGGAUUAACUGGCCGCAACUUUGCUGCUGGUAUGUCAGGUGGCAUUGCUUACUGUUACGACAAACUGAAGCUGUUCCACCAGCGUUGUAACAAAGAAUCUGUUGAGCUCUUACCAUUGGUUCAGAAGGAGGACUUGGACUUUGUCUACAACUUGUUGAAGGAGUUUAUUGAACUCACUGGCUCUGAGAUUGCCAAAUUUAUCACCGACAACUGGGAGGCUGAGCAGAAAGAGUUUGUUAAAGUGUUUCCCUAUGAGUAUCAGCAUGCUUUGGCUGAGGCUGCAAAAGAAGAAGCUGAGAAAAAAUUAGCCAUGGAAAAAGAAGCGGCUGAAAGGAAAAUUAUUUCUGAUAAGGAGGCAGACAGUCUGUUCCUAGGCAUUCCCAAUGCAGGCCUUCACAGGGCUAGCUCACUCUCCAACAUGUAUGAUGAGGAAAUUAUUAAUAAAUUGGAAGAUGAGGAAGAUCCACAACAAGGAACAAAAGCUGUAGUAGACAUUGAGGAUGCCAUCCGCAAUACGACACAGGAAAACAAAGUCAUGGACAUUGUGUUAGAUAAAGCAAAAGGUUUUGUCAAGUACAAGAGAGCCACUUACCAAUAUCGGAAUGCUGCUGAGAGACAGAAGGACUGGAAAGAGAUUUACAAUCAUAAGCAAGUCAUGGAAGGUCUUCGUGUUCAAGCAGCAAGAUGCAUGGACUGUGGCGUUCCUUUCUGUACAUCUAAUCAUGGUUGUCCACUGAGUAAUUUGAUUCCCAAAUGGAAUAAUCUGGUUUUUAAGAAUGCAUGGAAGCUUGCCUUAGAUUACCUACAUCAGACAAACAACUUCCCAGAAUUCACUGGCCGUGUUUGCCCAGCUCCUUGUGAGGGAGCAUGUGUGCUGGGUAUCAACACCCCACCUGUCACAAUCAAGAAUGUAGAAAACUCCAUCAUUGAUCAUGGCUUUGAAAUGGGCUGGGUCAGACCUAUAGUUCCCCAAGUCAGAACAGGAAAGAAAAUAGCUAUCAUUGGCAGUGGACCUGCAGGUCUGGCUGCUGCAGCUCAGCUGAACAAGGCUGGUCAUCUGGUAACUGUGUAUGAACGAAAUGACAGAGUAGGUGGACUACUCCGAUAUGGUAUCCCUACCAUGAAACUUGACAAGAGGGUUGUUGACAGAAGAGUGGACAUUCUGGUGAAAGAGGGCAUAACAUUUGUAACUAAUGUAGAAGUUGGUAAGGAUGCAUCUGCCAAGUCACUUCUGGCAGAAAAUGAUGCAGUGUUGUGUGCCCUAGGUGCUACCUGGCCCAGAGAUCUACCCAUACCAGGCCGUCAGCUCAAUGGAAUCCACUAUGCUAUGAACUUUUUGGAGUCCUGGCAAAAACAGCAGCAGGGUCAGAGUUCCCAGAGUUACAUAUCUGCUCAAGACAAAGAUGUUGUUGUGAUUGGUGGAGGAGACACUGGUUGUGACUGUAUAGCCACAUCACUAAGACAUGGAGCCAAGUCCAUUACUACCUUUGAAAUCCUGCCACAACCUCCAGCAACGAGAGCAGAGAAUAAUCCCUGGCCAACUUGGCCUCGAAUUUUCAGAGUGGAUUAUGGUCAUGAGGAAGUCCAGCUAAAAUGGGGUCGGGACCCGCGUGUCUUCAACAUAAAGAGCUUGGAAUUUGAAGGGGAUGAGAGUGGCAAUGUGACUGGUGUUAAAACAUCACUUGUUGAAUGGGUCAAAGAUGACAGCGGACGCUGGAUUAUGAAAGAUGUUCCAGGCUCAGAGAAAACCUACAAAUGUGAUCUAGUUCUUCUGGCAAUGGGUUUUAUUGGCCCUGAGCGCAAGAUUGUUGAUGAACUGUCUGUACCCAUUGACCCCAGAGGAAAUGUGGAUACACUAAAUGGGAAAUAUAAUACUAGUAUUCCCAAACUGUAUGCUGCUGGUGAUUGCCGGAGAGGUCAGUCCCUUGUUGUCUGGGCUAUUAAUGAAGGCAGACAGGCAGCACGUCAAAUAGACAUAGACUUGAUGGGUGAAAGCAGCUUAGCUGGUCCUGGUGGAAUUGUGAACAAAAAUGUUGCAUAAAUUUUUUUGCACACACUGCAUUUGAUCUAAUGUCUUCAGAACAAUCUUUUGUUUUUGAUAAUUCUGUUCAAUACAUUAAAAAUAGUGAUUGCUUUUAUUUAUCUGUGACAGCUGAGAACAUUUAUUACAAAUAAGAACAACAUAGAACCUAAAAUUGAAUAUCUUAUUUACAUUAGUAGAACAUCUUAUGUUGUUAUUGUUUUGCAACUGAUUUUUAAAAAUGCAAAUUUUAGCAACUUUUUUUUAUUUCAAUUAUACUUUUUUUAUGAUUGACUCUAGGAUGUCAAUAUUUAAUAAUUGCAUGAUGUUUUGGGUGGAAAUUUGGGAGAGUGUGAGCUUUUCACUUCUAGAAUUUGUAUUAUUUUACUUCUUUAAUUUUUGAAGGUGUGCUUUUUUUUUUUUUUUUUUAAUUAUCCCUUUGCUUCUGCUUUCCCUUCAAUUAAUAUAAAUAAUAGAGACAUGUGCUGAAUCUAUUGUGAAUCCUAACUACUUACUGGUACACAAGAGAAUUCAAAUAAGAGUCAUGCUGAUAUUUUCAAUUAUUUACCUUUAUUAUAGUAUUGAAACUGAGAGCUUGGAUUUUGACUCUUCUGUAGAAAAAUGAAUGCUCCAGUAGACCAAUAUUAUAAUCUAUAUGUUUCUUACUUUAGAUCAAUGGAUCAUGCAUAGAAAUAUACAACAGAAAUUACUGUUGCGAUGUUCUGUGCAACUCAUGGCAGUUUUUUUUUAUUAUUGGAUUGGAUUAUUCUCACAUUGUAUCAAUUUUUUUUAUUAUUAUUUGAAAUCAUUAAAACAAAUACAUAUUUUGUUCUUAUUCAGGAGAAUUGUGAUUGAAGUAUUAGCCUGUUGAUUAAAUCAUUUCUUUUCUUCUCUUGUUUUAUGAGUAAUUCUCAACCAUUCAACUCUAGAUCCUGAAUGAGUCACUGUCUUGUGAAAGAAAUGUGUCAGCUUCAUAUUGUAUUUGUGAAAACUAUCAUUUCACAUUUGAAUCAACAUGUAGACAAAAAUUAAUAUUAGUAAAUGAAAUUUGAGAUUCUCUAUAUUAACCUAAAUUAGGUUCUUUUCCCAACACUGAUAACUUCAUUUACGGACUUGAUACCCUGUAUAAUUUCAUAUGUACUGGUUUUCAUGGACCUCUUAAAAUUAAUACUUUCAUUUUAUUGCCCAUCUUUUGCUUAUUUAAUUUAAUUUCUUUGUAAUUAUUAACAUUAUUUAUACUUUUUGUUUGUCUUGCUAACAAUUGGAUUAUGCUGGUUGUGAGUUAUAUGUGAAAUGAACCAGAUACAUUUAUUAAACAAAUUUAAUUUUUUUGCAAUGUGAAAAGUCUUUUUUUUUUAUCUAGACCUGUAUUGUAUUUAAAGAGUGCAUUUGUGAUAUAAAAAAAUUACUUUCCAUAUAUAUAUAUAUAUAUAUUAUAUAUAAAUAUUUAAUAUAUGUCAGUGCUAGCAACCAAUGUCACUUUGAUGUUAUGUUUUAUUACAUGUAACAUAUAUUGGUUGUACUGAACACACUUUGUUUUUGAUGAGGAAGUAGGUUGUAAUUUAGAUCAAUGACUUUUUGUUUCUUGUGCAGGUUGGAUCAUGAUUU